AAAAUUUAACUGAUCCAGUUGUCCUUCCCAAAUUUGCUUGGGAACAACUUCGAUAGUAUGUAUUGAUGUGAGGCAGAUAGAGUCAGCCCUCUUCUGCAGCCUGCAACACAAAUACAAAGAGAAAAGGAAGAGAGAGAAAGAGAAAGAAACGAAAAUUAGCUUUGUAGCAGAGAGAAAAAAGAGAAAGAGAAAAUGGGGAGUGCUGCCGUCCUAGCUGGUCUUCAGCCAUAUUACCUUCUUUGCCCUUCUCGCUCUUCCUUCUCCUCCUCCUCCUCCGUCGCCGCCGCUACAUUUCUACCUCUUUCCUCUUCUCAUCGCACGUGUCUCUCUCAGCCGCAAAUUCUCAAGUUACAGAAUCAAGUUUUAGCUCCUGCUUCCUGUCACAAUAUUAAUCAAAUUAGCUCUCCUUUUAGGAGUGCUGCUGUGUUAUCCGAUUCUUAUAGCGCUGAAGCAUCUGAGUUAGCUGAUAUAGAGUGGGACAAUCUUGGAUUUGGGUUUAUUCCUACUGAUUAUAUGUAUAUGAUGAAGUGUACGCAAGGUGGAAACUUCUCUAAAGGUGAAUUACAACGGUUUGGAAAUAUUGAAUUAAGCCCCUCAUCUGGGGUCUUAAAUUAUGGACAGGGAUUAUUUGAAGGUCUCAAAGCCUACAGGAAAGAAGAUGGUAAUGUUCUUCUUUUUCGUCCUGAGGAAAAUGCUCUUCGAAUGAGGCUGGGUGCAGAGAGGAUGUGCAUGCUGUCACCCACUGUUGAGCAGUUUGUGGAAGCUGUAAAGGAAACUGUCCUGGCAAACAAACGUUGGGUUCCCCCACCAGGUAAAGGGUCCUUGUACAUCAGGCCAUUGCUCAUGGGGAGUGGAGCUGUCCUUGGUCUUGCACCUGCUCCUGAGUACACCUUUCUUAUUUUUGUCUCACCUGUGGGAAACUAUUUUAAGGAAGGUGUUGCUCCAAUUAAUUUAAUUGUCGAGCAUGAAUUGCAUCGUGCAACUCCUGGUGGCACUGGGGGUGUUAAAACUAUCGGGAAUUAUGCUGCGGUCUUAAAGGCACAAUCUGCUGCAAAAGCCAAAGGAUAUUCCGAUGUCCUCUAUCUUGAUUGUGUUAACAAAAAGUAUUUGGAGGAAGUUUCCUCUUGCAACAUUUUCAUGGUUAAGGGUAAUGUCAUCUCGACUCCUGCAAUAAAGGGAACAAUCUUACCUGGCAUCACAAGAAAGAGUAUAAUUGAUGUUGCUCGAAGCCAAGGGUUCCAGGUUGAGGAACGCCUUGUGCCAGUGGAUGAAUUACUUGAUGCUGAUGAAGUUUUCUGCACAGGGACAGCGGUUGUAGUGUCACCCGUUGGCAGCGUUACUUAUAAGGGUAAAAGGGUUUCAUAUGGAGAGGAUGGUUUUGGUACUGUUUCUCAACAGCUAUACUCCGUGCUUACUAGACUCCAGAUGGGUCUUAUAGAAGACAAAAUGAAUUGGACUGUUGAGUUGUGUUGAGUUGAGCUAGGCAUACACUCUAAUCACAUCUGGUUUGCAUUUAGGCCUCAGUUUUAGUGUUUUUGUUUACACAAGGAUAUUGAAUUUAUCAGUAUAAUCUUUUCAAACUUGUUUUAGAGCAGGAAAAUUAAGAUGGAAAUAGAUGUUUCGACAUUUGCUACAUUUUGUCGAAGGAUUGGAUUGGUUUUCCAAAGCAAUUUUUUUUAUUGUAGUU